AUAACUUUAAUUAAAAAAAAGCAAGCUUGGUGUUGAAGAAGAAUCUUGAAUCGAGUUUCUGGGUUUAAAGUUUAAACCUCUAUGCCAUUUGAGGAGUGAGAUGGAGAAUUCAGGCAGUGGCGAAGAAGAAGCGUUAUUGGUGAAAGCUGCAAAAUCCACAGACGAACUUUACCUUCUUCGUGACACUUACUUCCCACAAAACCCUGACGACAGAACCUCCAACUUGCAACAACACUCCGAUCUCAUUCUCACUCUCCUCGAUUCCGUUCCUCCAGAAGAAAGAAAAUCACCCACUCAGCGAGCAAUAUUCGAAUAUCUUCGAGGGAAAGUGUUAGAUGUAUUUCCUGAAUAUAAGAAAGAAGCUGAGGAUCAUCUAUCAAAAGCUGUCAAGUUGAAUCCAUCUCUUGCAGAUGCUUGGUUAUGUUUAGGAAACUGUAUUUGGAAAAAAGGUGAUUUAUCUGCUGCUAAAAACUGCCUCAAUCUUGCAUUGAAUAAGGGUCCUAACAAGAAGAUUCUUUGUCAAUUAUCAAUGCUUAAAAGAAGUAUGUCUCAAAGUGCGGAUAAUCAAGCUGAACUUGUUGAUGAAAGCAUUCAACAUGCCAAGGAAGCAAUUGCUUUGGAUGUCAAAGAUGGGAACUCUUGGUAUAAUCUUGGAAAUGCAUAUGUGACGAGUUUUUUUGUCACUGGAGGUUGGGAUCAUACCAGACUUUCACAUUCUUUAAAAGCAUAUCAAAAUGCUGAGAAAGAUGAAGGGAUCAAGUCCAAUCCGGACUUUUACUUUAAUAGUGCCAUUGCUAACAAAUAUCUAGAGAACUACGAGAGGGCCCUUAGUGGAUUUGAGGCUGCUGCUUCAAAGGAUCCAGGUCUCAACGCUGCAGAUGAGGUUCAGAAAAUUGUCAAUUUACUUGACAAUGUGGACAAUCUGUUGAGGGUACAUGUAAGAGCUAAGCGAAUUGCCGCUUUGGCAGCAUCAUUGGCUGCUGUAAAUUUGAAAUUGCCAUACAGAACAGUUACCAUGGACCUUCUGUCAGAGGGUCUUAAUAGAACUCUAGCGGUAGAUGGGAAGGUGUUAUUCUUUAUCAGGAGUGAGGGUGUUGCUCCCCUAUACUAUUUGCUGUGUGAUUCAAACCAAACUUGCUUUGUUCUCUCAAUUUAUGGUGUACGUCAGGAUGUGAUUAAAGGAGGAGAUCAGCUCACAUUGCUUGAUCCUUGUUUUCGUGACGUUGAUGUGUCCUGGAAGGAAAAGCAUUACCAGUUCAAAUCUAUACGCCUGGAUUUCUAUGAGCAAGUGCUUGUUAAUGGAAAAGCUCUGACUCCUCAGCAAGCUAUUCGUACAUCGAUAUACGCACAACAUAAACCAUGAACAGACCACUGCUAAAUAGAUGAGUUGGUGUUGUAUGUUGUGUCCAUUUAGUUAAUACAUGUAUACAGGUGAAUUUAUUGUCCGACAGUCCAAGUCUGGGUUACAACCGCAGAAUAGAAAAAGAAACUGGAGUGUAAAGUUUCACAUUUGGUUUUCUGGUUUUACCAUCGAGUUUUGCUUUAGGCAUAUAGUUAUGUAAUUUGAACAUCAAAAUAUAGCAUUGUAUGUGACAUGGUAUAUAUUUAUCUCGAUCUCUCUUUGUAUCUUCUACAACUUGUAUGUAUUUCAGAAAUGCUUAUAAAAAUCAAAUGACGCUGUAUUUGACAUCAAAGUUUUGAUGUUAAAAUAUCA